GCGGCGACGGUGAGAGGAGGACACCGACUGGAUGGUAAAGAGGAGGUAAAAGCAGGCUCCAAAAUUGACUUUUACACCGGAAUGUUCACUCGAAGGGGCUAUGGAGACGUCAAGAAAUCUACACAGAAAGUUCUGGACCCAAAGAAGGACGUGCUGACCCGCCUGAAGCACCUUCGGUCGCUGUUAGACAUUAGUGAGAGGAGUGAACUGAAGACAUUUUUUGAAACCAACUGCUCACAGAUUUAUUUUAUCUUCUAUGAAAAUUUCAUUACACUGGAAAGUAACUUAAAGCAAAGAGGGAACAAGUCUCAUCGGGAGGAGCUGGACUCCAUCCUCUUUAUUUUUGAAAAAAUUCUUCAACUUCUACCAGAGAAAAUUAACAGUCGGUGGCAGUUUCACAGUAUAGGUUCUAUCCUCAAAAAACUUUUGCACACUGGAAACUCUUUCAAGAUCCGCUGUGAGGGUAUGCGGCUCUUCCUGUUGUGGCUGCAGGCCCUGCAGACACACUGUGCGGAGGAACAGCUGCUCAUCUUUGCUUGUCUGGUGCCCGGCUUUCCAGCGGUGCCCUCCUCCAGAGGCCCCUGUACACUCGACACCAUCAUCUACAACCCCUUCUCCAAUCCUCCUGAUGCCAAGAUCGUGCCCGAGGAAAUCACCCCGCUUGUGCCGGCCAUUCCCGGGGAGAAGAUAUCAGACGACCAGACCUGCUACAUUCUCCAAACUGUGCUGAAGUUCAUGGUCGUCCAGGCAUCCAGCCUGGAAUGGCACAAGAAAGACAACCAGGACUCUGGCUUCAGGUUUCUGUUCUCCCUCUUUAAGAAGUACUACCUGCCCCACCUCUUUCCCUCCUUCACCAAGCUCACUAACCUCUACAAGCCAUUGCUAGACCUCCCCCACCACAGACCAAAGCCGCUGUACGUGCAAGUGUCGCGCAACAACGAGAGCACGUUCUGCACGCGGGACCAGUACCUGGCACCCCGCGUGGCCUUCAUCACCUGGCUGGUCAACUUCUUCCUGGAGAAGAAGUACAUGAGCACAUCUGCGAGCAACGCGAAGAACGGGGGAGACGUCCUUCCUAAGCUCAUCCAGACUGUAACUGCAGGCAGUAGCAGUCAGGAGAAGAGCAGCGAGCCGGAGCCCAACGGGCCGGCGGAGCAGGAGAAGAGCCACUCGAACAGCAGCACGCUGUCGGACCGGCACGCCAGCAACUCCAGCCUGUGCAGCGUGGAGGAGGAGCACCGCAGCGUCUACGACAUGGUGCACUGCAUCCUGCUCUCCACGCCAGACAACGUCAACUUCGUCAACGAGGUCUUCCACCAGGCCUUUCUGCUGCCGUCCUGCGAGGCCUCGGCCACCCGGAAGGUCAUUAAAGUGUACAGGAAAUGGAUCCUGCAGGACAGGCCUGCCUUUAUGAGCGAGCCAGACAAGACGGGUCAGGAUGAGGAGGACACAGGGGAUGACCAUCAGACCACCGAGGCUGACAGCACACACGCACAGGUACUGCAGAGUCAUGGGCACAAGCGCACAUCCAGCUGGGGCCGCACGUACUCCUUCAGCAGUGCCAUCAGCAGAGGCUGCCUGACCGAGGAGCAGAGAUGCGACGUGAAGGCUGGCAUGCAGGCCACUCUGCAGGUCUUUUUGACAAACUCGGCUAAUGUUUUCCUGUUGGAGCCAUGUCAGGAUGUGCCCAAGCUGCUGGAGAACCAGGUGGAGGUGUGCAGAGCCGUGCUCAGCAUCUACCGCCGCAUGAUCAUGGAGCAGACCAUGAACAGACAGACCUGGGAGCAGAUGCUACAGGUGCUGCUGAGGAUCACUGAGGCGGUGAUGAAGAGGCCACAGGACGACCAUAGAAAGGAUGCCUUCGCCCAGAGCCUGGCCAGUGUCCUCUUCCGGACCAUCAUUGUGGCAUGGGUGCGGGCCAACCUGAGCGUGUUCAUCUCCCGGGAGCUGUGGGACGAGCUGUUGGCAGUGCUGUCCUCUCUCAGCCACUGGGAGGAGCUGGUGCACGAGUGGGCUAACAUCAUGGACUCGCUGACCAUGGUGCUCGCCCGCUGCGUCUACGGCCUGGACCUCAAUAACCUUCCCCUCGACAAACUCUCUGAGCAGAAGGAGAAGAAGCAGCGUGGGCGAGGCGUGAUGCAGGACUCCCAGAAGGCCGCGGCGGUGGCACGCUCAUUCUCGCUGAGCUGGAGGAACGCGGGCGAGCAGGCCGCAGCCCAGGAGCCCAUGCGCUUCCGCAGCGCCACCACCACGGGGGCGCCGGCCGUGGAGAAGGCCCGCAACAACGUCAGGCAGAAGGCCUCCGCUAAGCGGAGCCAGUCUAUCAGCAACUGUGUGCAUCUGUGCGAAGCUUUGCCGGCCACUAAGAGUGUGCCCGUGCUGCUGCACACUGUCAGCUCUUUCUUACCUGGUAUCUCUCACAACUCCCACUGCUCUCACAGACUCUCAGAUGUAGAUGAGGGUCAGCUGUCUGAGUGUGGCGGAGAGGGGGAGAUGGGAGAUGGGGACAGUCCCCUCCCACGCAGCAGCAGCACCUCAGAUAUUACCCAGCAGCUCACUGACUCCUUCCCAGAAACCAUAGGAGAGAGGAAGGGGGACUCUCCGAAUGCCGGCAGCUCCGAUGGCAGAGUCUGCAUCUCUGAGCACGGCUCGUCUGGGAAGAGGGAGAGUGAGGCUCCUACGAUCAUGAUUUGCCGCAGCAGCAGUCCAGCAGAUCUGGACUGCCCAGGAGAGGGGGCACCCGCAAGCACGAGGGCCACGUUUCGAGAGAAAAGCGAGAGCGUGAGCAGCGAGACCUCGAACAGCUACCUCAACGAUGCCGAAGUCAACCUGCUGGCGUGGCAGGCCGUGGAGGAGGAACGCAACUCGCCCUCCCCCACCGGGGCGAACGGCGGCGGCGGCCGCACGGGCCCGCCGGAUGACGCCGAGAGCCAGCGGAGUCUGCUGCUCAGCCACACGGAGGCGCUGGCAGGUUCUGAGUGUGCCCACCCGCUCCACUCUGCCCCCCUGUCCCCCUGCCCCCCCAUCUCUCCCAUCCUGCUCCUGCCCCAGGGCUACAGCGACUGCCCUCAGCUGCUGGAGGACGCCAUGCACAUGCCUCCUGAUCUGGACAGUAGCGAAUUUCUGGCUGAUGAUAUCAGCAUCAUCGCAGGUGGUUGUUUGACGGGCUGGCACGCCGACUCCGCCUUUGUGCUCUGGAGGAGGAUUCUGGGAAUUCUAGGAGAUGUGAACAACAUCCGCUGCCCUCGUAUCCAUGCCAAGGUCUUCAGUUACCUGUAUGAGCUCUGGCACAGGCUGGCAAAGAUAAGAGAUAACUUGGGGAUCAACAUUGACAACCAGUCAGCUCUGCCCAGCGCUCUCUUCAUUCCGCCUCUCCGAAUGCUGGCCUCUUGGCUAUUCAAAGCCACCAUGCUGCCUGCAGACUUUAAGAUGGGCAAGCUGCAGGCCUACAGACUCAUCUGUGAGAUGAUGACCAAGCACCAGGAUGUGCUGCCCAACACUGACUUCCUGGUACAUCUCUACCAUGUCAUGCGCAAGGGCUUCACCAGUGAUGACCAGGAUGUGUUGAACACGAUGAUCAGGUGCUGCUCGCCACGGUUCUUUUUCCUGGGUCUGCCCGGCUUCACCAUGCUGGUGGGUGACUUCAUCUCCGCUGCUGCCCGUGUCCUGAGUGCUGACUCCUUUGAGGCUCCGCGGAUCGAAGCCCAAACGUUGUUGGGGUCUCUAGUGUGCUUUCCCAACCUGUACCAGCAGAUCCCCUCACUGCAGGCCAUCCCAGGAAUAGACAUAAAGGAGUACCUGGUGAACAAUCUACUGAGGACGGCACGCAAUGAGCCUUGUGAAGAGGCCAGGUGUGUUGCUAUCUGCAGUCUGGGCCUGUGGGUGUGUGAGGAGCUUGGCCAGCAGAGGGUCCACCACCAGGUGAAGGAUGCCAUCAAUGUGCUGGGUGUCACUUUAAAGUUUGGGAACAAGUCGGUGUCCCACGUGGCCUGCGACGUCUUCCAGCUUCUGAUCUGCCACUGGCGCAAACUCCAGAACGUGGAGCGCUCCCUCCCCAAAAGGAUCAUCGAGAUCUUUGUAGCGACUAUAGCGUUUCUGCUGCCCAGCGCUGAGCACUCCAUGGUGGAGGCAGAUAAAAAGUUAAUGGUGUCUCUGCUGCUGUGCCUGCUGGACUGGUGCAUGUCUGUGCCUUUGUCUAUCCUGCUGGAGCCCAUCACGAUGCCUGUGCUGGAUGACCCUGCCUCUCAGAAAGCACCUCUGCUGGACUACAUCUACAGGGUGCUGCACUGUUGCGUGUCUGGCUCCAACCUGCACACGCAGCAAAGCCACUACCUCCUCAGCCUGUCAGACCUGUCCACUGACUAUGACCCCUUCCUGCCGCUCAGCCAAGUCAAGAGCUCAGAGCCGGCACCCUCGCCUGGCGCCGCCGGCGACUUCGGCAACCUCCUCACCGUGGCUGAGGAGAAGAAACGAAGGAACAUGGAGUUGAUUCCUUUGACUGCCAGGAUGAUCAUGACUCAUCUUGUGAACCACCUGGGUCACCAUCCCCUAAGUGGUGGCCCUGCCCUGCUGCACAGCCUGGUGAACGAGAACCACGACAACCCCUACGUGGAGUCCUCUGAACUCUCCUCCGAGGUUUUCAAAAGCCCCAAUCUGCAGCUCUUCGUCUUCAAUGACAGCACCCUCGUGUCCUAUCUGCAGAUCCCCACAGAGGGCCCCCCCACGGCCUUGUCUGGCCUGAGCCCCAGGGAGCACUCCUCCGAGGUUCGCGUCAUCGUACGGGACAUCUCUGGAAAGUACUCGUGGGACUGUAGUGUUCUCUAUAAGACUCUGGAAGGGACAUCUGUGCACUGUAGCAGCUGCAGAGAGGAGUCUUUACACCAGUAUGCCUACCAGUCCUCCACCCCCUCUAAGCCGGGCUCGUCCCACGCCAGCAGGUGCUCCUCCGUGGUGGAGGUGGAGGAUGGCAUUGAUGUGCUGGACCAGCUGCUGGAGAACCUGGGCAUCAGCAGCCCAGAGUGCCUGCCUGAGCCUCAGCUGAGGCUCACCCAGCCUGCCCCACCACCCAUGGGCAUGAACCAUGAGACAGAGGGGGCUAUCAUGGAGACCAUCCAAAGACAGGCCCAGCAGGAGGGCGAGGAGCUGGCCAGGAGGCGUAGCGAAGAUCCCAGCAUCAGAGCAGCAGGCCAGAGAGAGCCCACCCAUCAGGAACCCAAAGCACCAUUCUAUUUCUGCAGACUUCUCCUCAAUGAGUUAGGCAUGAACUCGUGGGACCGAAGAAAAAGCUUUCAUCUCCUGAAGAAGAACUCAAAGCUCUUGAGAGAACUCAAGAAUUUGGAUUCGAGGCAGUGUCGAGAGACCCACAAGAUUGCUGUGUUUUAUAUUGGUGAGGGCCAGGAGGAUAAGUGCUCCAUAUUGUCCAAUACCGAGGGAAGUCAGGCUUAUGAGGAGUUUGUCUCUGGACUAGGGUGGGAGGUGGACCUGGCAACACAUUGUGGGUUUAUGGGUGGGCUGCAGAGAAAUGGCAGCACUGGAACCACUGCUCCAUACUACUCUACCUCAAACGUGGAGGUCAUCUUUCACGUGUCCACCCGUAUGCCCUCCGACUCUGACGACUCCGUCACUAAGAAGCUUCGUCAUCUGGGAAACGAUGAAGUCCAUAUUGUGUGGUCCGAACACACCCGGGACUAUCGGAGGGGCAUCAUCCCCACUGACUUCGGAGACGUGCUCAUUAUCAUCUACCCAAUGAAGAACCACACCUUCUUCAUUCAGAUUAUGAAGAAAGCACAGGUCCCGUUCUUUGGACCUCUGUUUGAUGGAGCCAUUGUCACCGGGGUGCUCUUGCCGAGCCUCGUGCGGGCCACCUGCAUUAACGCCAGCAGGGCGGUGAAGUCGCGACUCACGCUUUACCAGAGCUUCUAUGAGGAGCGGGCUCUGUAUCUGGAGGCCAUCAUUCUGAACCACAAGGAAAACAUGACGUUUGAGGACUUUGCCGCCCAAGUCUUCUCACCCUCUCAAAGCUACUACCCAACGAGUGGUACAGGCUCCCUCAGCGGCAGCACAAGUGCUGAGCUGAGCGCUACUGUCACAACCAGCGAGUCCACUGAGCAGGUCUCACCCACCAUGCCGCGCGCCUCCAAGAACCGGGUUUCUGGAAAGCUCCGCCGCUCAGCCAGCGCCAUCAGCAAGUCCUCCAACUGAGCUCCGUCUGCCAAUAAGCACUUCACCAAGCCCCUUCAGCCUGCAGCGUGUUUAAACUCUACUGUGUGUAUGUCUGCGAGCGUGUGUAUGUAAGAGUGUGUUUUUUUGUUUGUGUGGGGAUUUUUGUCACUGGAAAUUUGUUCUUUUGCUUUAAGGAUGCAAUUGUUGAUUUCUGCUGCCAUGUUUGGUUGAGUUUUGGUGGCAACGGGAGAUGAAACUGCUGUCACAGUAAUGAGGUGCUUCGCUACAGCUGAGUGACCUCAACUGCUGCGGCACUGUCAGAGAGCUCAGUAUGCUCUGCUAGUAGCUUUAAAGUGUUUGCUGGUGGAAAACUACAAGACAAACUAAAUGCCAACCAAACUGACAUCUCUGAACGUUCAUUGUAAAGAGCUGCAAUAUAACAGCAGCAGUUUGUCACAGGAUUAGCCUGAAGCACCUAAUGUGCUGGACAUAAUAUUGAAACAGACAUUUAUAAUAAUUCCACACUUUUCCUUCUCUGACUAAGUGAGGGUUAAAGGGAGUUCAUUGGGAACACAGGAAACAACUUCUGGAAACAACAAGGUUUAAUCCCAGUGCCAGAUGUCCCCCUCUGUUCGUUAUUUACCAUCAGCUGUCCAGACUUUCUCUUAAUGCAGGCAACAAGGCCGACUCUUCUCAAUGCUCUUGUGACAUUUUCUUAGACAAAAUGCUAUGUGAGUACCUUUUACCCUAAAGCUCCUGCUGUCAUUAACACUGAAAAGUUGACAAACGUCAUGACCAUUUAGAGGAACAUGCUGACCGUUUCUGUCUUUUUUUUUGGUCCUUCUAAAGCUCUUUGAGAGAGCAUUCAUAAGCACUGUAUUUCAAGUUCAUAAGAAUUUCAGAGAUGUUUUAAGGAAUUGGAAAGUGACUUGCACACCCCAUGGGCAAAGCAUAGCACCAAGAGGAUUACAAUGUGGUCAUCAUACUAACAUGCUUAAUGGCAUGGAACACAUGUUAGUAAGCCUAGAAAUGUGUUGAGAUGUGGGUCUCAUUCUUCUCAGAAUAGAGCCUGCUUUGGUGUGAACGUCCACGUCUCAAGGGACAAUCUGUCUGGUCUUUCUCACAAAUAGGAUUCAAUGAAACUUGUUUUUAUGCUGACUGGAGUAAUUGUUUUUGACGUUUGAUUUAUGCAACUAUGCUGGAAUGAAACGACUGCAUUCAUCUGUAACUGUAUUGUGUUGUAUUAUGUCAAUGUGUUGGAUGGAUACUUGUUCAUAUUCUGUGAACUGAAUAAGUCCUGUUUUUGUCUUGUAAUUCUACUAUGACAUUCUGAUGUUUCAUACAGUGAUGUGAUUGCACUCACUGGUGGUGAUAGUUUAGAGCGAUUUGCUGUUUCUCUUCUUUAAUUCUUGGAUGUAUAUUGCUUUAAGUUUUAUUGGAUUUUUUGGGGUUUUUUUGUUGUUAUUUUAUAUACUGCCUAAUACCUGCCAUCUUAAUAAGACAUAUGCGACAACCUACUAAAUGAAAUGGCCACCAGAGCCUCAGGUGAAUCUUAACUCCAUGCACUGGUGUGGGUGUGUGUGUGUGCGUGUGUGUCUGACUGUGAGGAGGCUUUUGACAGCUAACAUGGCGCCUCUGUAAUACCUGUCCAUAUUUUCCACUGUGCUGACUGCAGUUCUUUCCUUUUUUCUGCCCUCGUCUGUCCUUAUUCCUUUCGUCCUACUUGGGAGAAAAAGGAUGUGCGCUUGUCCCCGUGACUGCAGAGCACAGGGCUUUUGGGAUCCUUCCGUACAUUUCAGUGCUUUGUAAGAGCUGCUUCUCUCUGAUUGGAUCCUGGAUGGCAGUCCUCCUCUACCUGGUCCUCUUCAUUCUCCUUUGCCACUCUGAUUGCCCUCUACCAUACCAGCAGGGAAAUGGGCACAUGCCAGCAUUCUCGCUCAUGCACACACUUCUUUCCUUCUUUUUGUCAUCUUUCUUUAUUCUUUUUUACUCUCACCCCCUUUUUUCCCCUCUCUCUCUCUUUCUCUCUGUCUUGCUUUAAAGCAACCAGCAGCCUGGUGCUGCCAAGCCCCUAACACCCCCUCUCAGUUCCCCUAGUGACCCAGCCUAGUUGCCAUGGAGGCCAGGUGUUACACAGUCUGUAAGCACCGCCCAGGCUGCAGCAGGACACAUGUUGCACUACUUUGCCUUACCUGUACACCUUUUGGGUUUUUUUGUUUGUUUGUUUGUUUUUGUUUUAUUUUUUCCUAUUGUUCUGCUGGGUUUUUUUAAUGAUCUUUUUUUCUGUUUUCAGUCUUUUUGUUUCUCUAAGCACUGAUAAGGAACAUAGGAGGCGUAAUCUUUAGCUUUGCUUUGACUGAAGAAUAUUGAGGAAUGUAUACGAGCUGUACCCUGAAUCAAAGCCCCGAUUGCACCUGGCCAUUUGUAGCUUCUAUGAACUGUGACCAGCCUCAGCUGUGAAGACUGCGUGUCUUGUCCAGUAAAUUUGGGAUGGGUUUUUUUUAAGGUGCUGAUUUGGUCCUCACCAGGGAUUUGUCUUACUGCAACUGGUCUAACUGAUUGCUGUGGUCAUUCUACAUUUAGUUCGCAUCCUUGUGCAUUGUGUCCUUUUCGAGGGCUCCAAAUCCUGAAGGAUAUAAAUAUAUUAAUGCCUGUAAUAUAAUCUUUGUAAAGAAGUGGGGGACAUGAAGAUUUCAUCAUGACUUGUUAACAUAUCAGACUGUUUUUAAUGGAAAAGUAAUUAUUCUAUCUUUACUAGAAAUGUGGAAAUCAGAACAUUUCAUUAAAUCAAUUUGAGAUUCA